AUGUCGGGCGCGUCUUCCAGAUCUGUGAGGCGUGUUCAGAUCCACGAUGCGCGGCGUUCGCCGAGUCGAGGACCUCCAGUCUCUCGGCGCGUAAUCAUUGAAGACAAGCUGCCACCUCGUCAAGCGGCACCGCGUAUCUCUCAGCGCGUGCUUGAUUUUCAAAGGCAAUGGAAGAGCAUCAAAGACGACCUUCCGCCUCAGUUUUCUCGCCGACAUAGUGGAGUAGUUGGUACCGGAUUGUUUCUGGGCUCUGGCCAAUCCUUGGUCUACGGUGGUCCUCUGGGCGCUCUCCUUGGAUAUUCGAUUAUUGGAAGCCUAGUGUACUGCUUAUGCGUCUCCAUUGGCGAGAUGAUUGCUUAUCUCCCGAAUGUCGGCGGCGUCGUUGGUAUUGCUGACCUCUACGUCGACAAAGCUUUCGGCUUUGCUCUUGGUUGGGCCUCUUGGUCCAUGGCCAUUUCCCCCUACAGUUUCAGUAACAAUAUUCAACAGCUCGGUACCGCUACGAUGGUGAACCUGUUACCUUCGCGAAUGUACGGCGAAUUUGAAUUCUGGUUCUCGUGCCUGAAGGUCGGAACAAUUGCCACUCUGCUCUUGUCCUGUCUCCUUAUCGAUAUUGGAGCUGGCCAAGCCCAGGCAAUACCACCGACAAGCUCUCAUUUGACUCAACACAUACUGUUCAAGAACUGGGACCCACCAUUUGCGAAUUCUUAUCUUGGUAUCCGCGGAGUGAAGGGUCAAUUCCUUGGAUUCCUAGCAGUGCUAAAUCAAGCGGCAUUCUCGUUCUUUGGAUCCGAGGUCCCCGGAAUUGCAGCGGGAGAAGUUAUUGAUGCAACGAGAAAUGUUCCCCGAGCAUUAAAACGGGUAUGGGUCAGGAUCAUUCUGAUAUACAUCUUGAGCAUCUUUGCUGUUGGGCUCACUGUACCUCAAACCUCUGUGGACCUGAGAGCAAAUGCCUCAAAUGGGUUAUCAUCCCCGUUUGUCAUUGCAUUGAGCAGAGCUAAAUGGACAGUUCCUGCCAACUUCAUCAAUGCCAUUAUCAUGCUUUCGGCCUUCUCAGCAGCCGCUUCUGAUAUUUAUAUCGGCAGCCGCUUCAUGUUCUUCUUGGCCCGCAGAGGUCAUGCUCCCGGGUUUCUAGCUUCACUUAUCAAGUAUCCACAGGACAAGACAUCAGCUCAAGAAGUGGAGGAGGAAGACACUGAUAGUGAUGAGGAGGAAGACACUGAUUCCGAUGAGGAGGAAGACUGGCAUUCUGCCAUAGAAUCUUUCACUAAUGCAAACUCCACUAAACAUUCUGAUGAAGAAGCAGUUCAGCACCCUUCAUUCCACAAACCAUCAAUGAUUUGGACCAUACCCCUUGCAAGUGUUCUGGUAUCAGCUUCCAUAGGCCUGCUAGCCUACACAGCCACUUCCAAGUCCAGUAGUGUUGUUUCAAGAAUGUCUACUCCUCCAAGUGCUACUGCUACAACCAUAGUUAUUCGUGGUGCCACUAUGGCCCUGUCUACUCACACAAGCGACACUAUGGGUGUAUCUGAGGCAUUUCAAAUACUUGCUUCAAUGGCUAGUGUUGCCUCAUUGAUAUCAUGGUCAGGAAUGUUAUUCACAUACAUCAGAUGGUACCAUGGAACAGUUCAUGCAGAAAGAAAAUGGUCCACUGGUGAUCCCAACAAAGUGCUAGCUCAAAUUGACAAGAUCAAGGAGCAUAGACAUAAAUGGCAGCCAUAUUUAGCAUACUAUGCCUUUUCCAUUUGUGUCAUUGUUUUGCUGACAAACGGAUGGUAUGAGAUCUCUCACGACCUCAAGUAUGGUUUAGCCACUCAUGAUAAUCAACAUUCAGGAGAGUAUUUAUACACCACAACUGGAUUAUUGCCACCACUGGCCCGAAAGAGUCCUGGCCACGCGAUGAGAGGCCGUGCUUUGCCCUUCUAA